AUGUCCGCUGAUCAACAGCCCUUGACGAUUGUUGGCCAGGGCGCCAAUUCCCUUGGUAUGCCGGCUAUGCGUGGCAAGCUGCCCAUUGGAAAUAGCACACUUCAACAUUACCUUCCAAGCAUGCCAACCAUUCCAAGGCGGGAACUGGCCUAUAAGCUUGCAGCCUCGGAAGAGGAGGCUCUACGGCUGGCCGCAAUCAGCGUGCUCUCCGACAUCCCCAGCAUGGACAUCAAGCCCAAAUCUGACUGCACCAACAUUGAACGCGCCUGUUGGGAGCAGGCAGUUGAGCUGUCGGCCCGCGCGGACUCA